GCAUGGCCAGAGGGCAGGAGCCUGCAGCACUGGAGCAGGCAGGGGACUGGGGUCCAUGUCCAGCCCCAGGUGGGAGCGAAUGCUGGGAGAGCCCUGAGGGGCAAAUGCUUCUCCAGCACAGGCCCUACCCCAAUUCCUGCCCAAGCUGGCUCUCCUUCCCCCCACCAACCCUCCCCAACCCUCCUUCCAGGCCGCAUCUUGUUUCCCAACCUACUCCCAUGUGGGGUGCACUUGGGUCCCAUGGCUGGAGCACUGGCCUGGGGGCCAGGAGCCUCCUGGGUGGCCUCAAGCCUGCCUCCCCCCCCCCCCCACCAAUCCCCACCAGCAAGAUGAGCUGGCUCAGCCCAGACCAGGCCGAUGAGCGGGUUUGGACUCCCCGCAGGAACUGCCAGGGCCACAGGCACAUGCUACUAGUCUGGGGAGCUGGGGGGAGGGGGGGUUGUGCCCCCCUCUCCCAGAGGAAAAAGGGUCCUGGCUCUAAAUGGCUGUGGCCUGUGGGCAAGGCUGGCAGGGGUGGGUGCUCUGUGCCCAAAGCUCCAGGCUGCAAGGAGGUGGCAGGAGGAAAUAGAGCUGGGAAACCCAACUCCUGCCCUCCCCAGCCCGGCCUGACACCAUGUCCUGCCAUUGGCAUGUGGCCAUAUCCUGCACCCCGCCAACCCUCUGAGCAGGGCUCACCCCGGCCUCUUCCUUAUAGCAGGCAAGAGGAAGCAGCGGGGCAGGAGGGGCAGAGUGGGGCAGGCCCAGCUGGCAGCGCUGAGCUCUUCUGGGCACUAGGUCUGUGUCUCAGGUGCUGGCCUAGUGCCCAGCACCGUGCAGGACAGCUCCACCCAUCUGGGCUGGAGGCUGUGACAGGCAGGACACAGCAGCUCAGGCCACAGGUCCCUUCAGUGCCUGGGGAGGCCAGACAGUGAGCAUGGCCAGGGGGCUGGGCAGGGGAAGACAAGGGGUUCAGUCUUACCUGCCCUGGGGACUCAGACCCCGGCGCUGUUGCCGCCUGCCCGGGCUGUGGAAGUGUCCUGGGUUGCUGCUGCUCAGACAGAGACCUCGGGAGGGUUGUUUUGUCCAUUAAAAGUACACCCCAAGUUACACUGCUGGGCAUGGUACUGCCUGUGGUGCAGCAGGGACCCAUCCGACCCCCCAGCCAUGCCAGCAGCCCCAUCCAGAUAUGGGGGGGGAGAGUGAGUAGGAUCCCAGUUGUUGGGCCAGGGAUGCUUGGCUCCACAGGCAGCAGGAUCUCACUGACUGGACACUGCUGGGGACACCUGUGCUCCUCGCCAGUUAGGUUAAUGAAUGGACAAAACUAGCACCUGAGCAGAGGCCAGGGGGUGACUGCAAGGGGAAAGGCAGGGGCAGGGUGGGGACUGUGGCUCUGGCCUGCUGGCUGGACCCCCAUGGUGCCACAGGCCUGCCAUGGAGGAGCAUCCUGGGAAGGUGGGGGCUGGAGCGGGUCCUCACCCUCACUUGCACCCAGCAGCAAGGGACAGGCAACCUAUUGCCCCUUCACAGGGUGCAUGCUGCGAUAGGGGUGGAAGCAUCAGGCACCUGGGAAGAGGGCCAGGACCCUCUGUCCUGGGGGCUCAGACAAGGGCAUGGGGCACCCCAAAACUUACCAGCCCAGCAUCCUCUGGUGUGGCUGCACUGAGGCCCAGUCCUGCUUGCCCAGCCCAUACCCCAGCCCCAUCACCAUCGUAGGGACUCACCGGUAGCAGGCAGCCAGCUCCAGGGCAGUCACCACCCUGCCAAGAUGAAGCCAGGAGCAGCUGGCAGCCCUCAAGGGCCCAUCCCCAGAGCCUGCCAAAAUCCCCCCAUCUCCCCCCCUCCAGAGGGGCUUACGUGCCCUGGCGGGGCUGGCAGCCAGCCGAAGACGGACAAUGCGGAGGCAGCAGCAGCAGCGCGGGGCCUUUCAUCCUUCCCUGCACCCGGACCCAGUGCCAGCCGCUCUGCUCUGCUCGCUCACGCGGCAAUUACUGCGCUUUGAUCCGCUGAGAUGCGCCCAUUGUCAGGGACUCUACGGGGCCAUUAGGGCCCUGCAGGCAAGGGCCUGAUCAGCUGGCUGGGGGGAGUUGAUGGGACAGGGCUGUGGCAGAGGACAGGGGCCCCCUGGAGCAACCAGAGCCAGGAGCAAUGCAGGGCUGGGGCCCCUUGGCUAGCACAUAGGGGCACUUCUUUGCCCCCACCUUCCAGCAAGGAGAGCCAGGAGCCGGGGACACAAGCCUGCGAGUCCAGCCAGCCAGACUGGGCAGGGAUGUUGGCAGGAGCUGGGCAGAGUGGAGCAGCCACAGAGCACAGGCAGGAGACUGCUUCUGCCCAGAUGGGCGGCGGGGGCCAGCUGGAGAUAGCUGGGUGCCCACCGUUGCACCCAGCCACUCAUCAGGGGCAUCCUAGACAGAUCCUAGCCCAGGCCAGCUGAGGCUAACCUGGCUGCCUGCUUCUCUGCUUCCCCACAGGGGACAGCAGGGCUGGAGUUGGGGGGUGCCCAUGGGGGGCUGAGCCAGGGAGAAGGGAGUUGGCUCAGCACCGGGCACAGGACACCAGCCUGGGCAUCAAGCUCCUGGGGGAGCUCACAGCAGCUCUCACACAAGCAAAGGAGAAGCAGCUCUGGCUGCCACACUGAGCACAGCCAGCACCCACGAGCUGGACUGCAGCAACACGGACAGAUGGGGCAUCUCAGAUGCCCCCGGCCAUCAGUGCAGCAGAGCACGGGAGCAGCCGGGCCAGAGAGACGGGGGUGGUGGGCUCCUGUCCUCAGAGAUGCCAUGCAGGGGCUAGGAUCUGUCUAGGAAGGGAUAGGACUGGGCUGGGUGGGCCUGAAGGCUGUGGGCAGUUGAAGAGAGGCAGCCUGGCGUCCCCAAGGGCCAGAGGUGAAGGCUUCUUGGAGCAGUCAGCAGUGGUGGAUGGAAGAUGGAGGCUGGAGACAAGCCCCCAGACCAGCCCGGGCAAGGCUGAGGGGUCUUUGGGGCAGGCGGGCGCAGGAACAGAGCAGCCCCCCGCCACAGAGGUGCAGAGGGGCAGCUGGGCCGCAGGGAGGGCUCUCCGGGGAUGGCCAAAACAAUGGGGCGUUUGAAGCCCAAGAACGGCCCCACAGCCUCCGGGAAGGUCGAGAACAAAGGGCAGUGCCGCACAAUGGGCUUGCCAGGGGGGCCGGUGGGAACCAGGCCUGGGCCCGGCCUUCAUUAGCGACGCAGCGGGGGAGCAAGCAGGGGCCGGGCCUAGCUGGGGUUCAGCAGGCCUCCCCCCGAAGCCUGCUCCUUGGGCGCCCCACAGCAGAGCUGCUCAGCACCAGGGGCUCUGGGAAGACACGGGACCUGGCAGGGUGGCGCAGCCAGGUGCCCUUGGGGAGGGCAGAGCCACAUGGGAUGCAGAGCUGCCCACGGUGCUCCCUGACAGGGAGGCUCCAUCCCAGCCGCUGCACGGCUCGGGCUCAGCAGUGGGGAGACCCUGCACGGCCUCUACCCUUCUGGGGGAGCACACAAGACCCCCCAGCCCAGCCGGGCCCUUGCUGCCGCCUGCCUUUGAACUUGCCGGCGGGUCGCACACUGUGCCAAAGUGUGAUGGCCGAGCGCAUGAGGAGCCAGCCCAGCCUGAUUUGCUGGCAAGCCUGCCCCCUUCCCCCCGAUGCUCCCCAAAGCCUCACGUCUGGGCCGGCUGCGGGGCCGGGGGCACUGGGCCGCGAGCGGGCAGCGCUGGGCUGGCAUGGCGGGAAGCGUGAAAGUGAUCAAGCGAGGCGGGCGGCCUCUGAUCAUUAGGGAGCCUUUGAUGGCUCCGCGCGCUUGGGGCAGCAGACAAUGGGCGCAUUCAGAGCGGGGAAGCUCACAGACGGCCCCAUGCGCCUGAGCCAGCCAGCCAGGGCCCCGCGCUGCCCAGGACCCAAAUGGAUUCAAACAGGAUCGGCCCCAACCCCCUCCGUCCUUCCCAGCAGCCGGGCCUGGCAUGAAUUCAGCUGUUUGUGUGUCCUGCGGCCUGGGAACCGACGGCCCCGUGCCCCCCGUGGCACUGUAUAUAUACACAACGCCACUCGCCCCGACCCAUUGUUCCACUGUCACGGUCAGCGCCGGCAGCCAGGAGACGAGAGCAGAGCGGGAGGAAAGGAGCCAGCCCCAGGCAGCUCCCAGCUCCAGCCAGGCUGGGCCACGAACGCACCCCAGUCCCCACCCGCCACGCCAUGCUGCUGCCCCUGCUCUGCCUCCUCCAGCUGGCCGCUGGGGCCCCCCUGGGCAGGGAGCUGUACCUGAUGCCCGCCAGCGUCCUGCAAGGUGAGUGCAGCCCCCCAGCCACCAGCAUUACCUUCAUCUCCCUGGAGCGGGCAGAGCUGUCCAGCUGGGCACCUGUGCAAGGGGCUCAUGUGCAAGGGGCUUUGCCCCCAGGGCUGUUUAGCUGCCAAGCGGGUAGAGAAGGGGCUGGGGAGGAGCCAGGACUCCUGGGCCUGAUUUGGAGAGGGGAGUGCAGUCAAUGGUCAGAGCAAGAGGAUGUUGGGAUCCCAGCUCUGGCUGGUGAGCAGAGAGAGGGGACAGAACCGGGACUCCUGGGUUUCUUCCCUGGCUCUAGUAAGGGAGCAUGCCCUCACGGAGCAGGGGCUGGACACCAGGACCCCUGAUGCCAGUUCUGCCGCGCACACACCUUGACUCCAGGAAGGCCUUCUCGUGCCUCAGUUUCCCCCCUUAGGCAGGCAGGGCAGGCAGGAUCCAUCUCUCAGAAUCCUUGCGGUCCGGGUGCAGCCUGGCCUGUUCUGCAGAUGCAAGUGGGUCCCUUGUGGCAGGGUCUGUGGGUGCUGCAGGGCGAGGGGGAUAGGCAGUGGGAUGGGACUGUGCAAGGAGGUGCAGGGGGCAGUCGCUUCCACUCCCCCCCACGGGCACCUGCGACUGCACCAAGAGGGGCGAGUCCCUCCCGAGGCCAAGUCCAGCCUCCCCCCACAGCGCCCAGCUCCUUCUCCCGUGGGUUGGAUUCCCGCUUGAGGGAAAGGGAAGGGCCCAGAUCAGGGAGGGGGGCUUUGAGCUGCCCUUUGCAGCCCAGCCCCAGCACCAGGCUCUGGGCAAGCAUGUGAGGAGCUGAGCAGAAGCAAAAGGCAGCUCAGGCUGAUGUGCAUGCACAUGUACAUACAUACCACAUGCAUCAUGCACACACACACCAACCAUGGACACAGUUAUGCACACGUGCGCAUAUGCAAAUACUCAGAAAUACCACCAAUGAACACUCAGAAAUGUGCAUGGACACAAUUAUGCACACGAACAUGCACGCAAAUACAUAUAAACACCACCCAUGGAUACACAGAAGGCAUCUACACGUGCUGGCUUAAAUUUACUGUGCAGUUACUUACUGCAUAGUAUGCAGGAAUAGGCCGGCAUCUACAUGUGCAGGUAUUAGAGCACAUUAAUGCUGUCCGUGGACUGACUGGGAACUAAAGUUAGUCCCAAAUCAGUCCACACACACAGUGUUACUGUGCAGUAAGGCGCCUACACAUGUGUUACUGCACAGUAACUAAUUGGGCGUAAAUAUACCUGCAUGAUGCAGGUAUCACAUUUAUGCUCAAGUUGGCAUGUCGUCAUAUUUACUGUACAGUAUGGGCAUGCACUUGUAGACAUGCGCCCAUACUGCGCAGUAAUUUAGUAAAUGCACAUGUGUAGAUGUGCCCAGAGAGGUGCAUUUACAUGCAUCACGUGCAUGUACAUGCCUAUAAGUUCAUCACGGGGGCACAGAAGGGACUUGGUGAGUUUUUAUUCACCAAGGCGCCCCUGGGUGUUACAAGAAAUAAUGGCCACAAGCUAACAGAGAGCAGAUUUAGAGACAUUAGGAAGAACUUCUUCACAGUUCGAGUGGCCAAGGUCUGGAAUGGGCUCCCAAGGAAGGUGGUGCUCUCCCCUACCCUGGGGGUCUUCAAGAGGAGGUUAGAUAAGCAUCUAGCUGGGGUCAUCUAGACCCAGCACUCUUUCCUGCCUAUGCAGGGGGUCAGACUCAAUGAUCUAUUGAGGUCCCUUCCAACCCUAACAUCUAUGAAUCUAUGAAUCUAUGCGUGCACAGACGCAAUUAAUACAGAGAUGCACGCAUGCUGCAAACAGCUGUGCAAAGGCACUCCCAGUACAAACAUCCACACAGCCCCAGGGCCAUGACGUGUAAGGGCUGGCCGCUCCCUGCAGCCUCAGCCAGUUCCUGGUUUAGUGCAAACACAUGUGGCUGGGGCUGUGUGCCCGAGCACAGGCAUCUCUGCCACAGCAGCCCCCACUCAGCUUCCCCCACAGCCUCGCAUACAGUGCUCGCCCUCGAUGCUGCCCCAGCUCUAGGAUAUGGGAGCCCUGCCGCUGAGAGCUGUGUGUGUGUGCACACUCCAGGCAAUGCCCCCGUGGCUCAGUGCACACAGCAUCCUCCAUCCCACAUGGGGACUGCUCCCUGCCCUCCCUCGCUGUGCCUGACCCCAUGCCCACCCUCCAUGUGCAUGACCCACAUGUCACCUCUGUGUCUCCCUGUGACCCUCUGGACCUAUGCCUUGCUGCUUGGGGACCCAUGGCACAUAGGGUGGUGCUAUGGACCAGGGACUGGGGUGCUGACCCUCCCAGCCCACCAGGCAGGUACUGUGAAUGGCCUGAGCAGUGUGCUGGGAUCAGGGGGAUGCAGCCAACCCCUCCACCCCCAGGGCUGCCUGACCCCUUUGCAUGGGCACACACGGCCCCUCUCCCUGUGGCUGUGCCCCGAGGCGGGCAGCUCCCUGGGAACGGCAAGACCAGAGCCAGGCAGCCACGAACGUCCAGCUCUGUCCCUGCUGGGCCCUAUCCACCAUGUGAAAGGGCACAAUUCUGUCAUCCAAGCAACAGGUUGUGGAGACAGCCCACGCUCGGCACUGCGGGAGGGAGAGGGCAGGGCUGGGGGCCUGGCUUGUAGCCGUGGGAAGGAAGGGUAAUCGAGAGCAGCCCCAAGGGGCACAGAGAAAGUUUUGACCCAGUCUGUCCCCUCCCUUGCUGCUCCCUGUCGGUGGCCGGGCUAAUCCACUCCUCUGUGCCGGCAGCACUGUCCAGCCGUGGGACACGAGUGCUGGAGGCAGCACUGGAAAGUGCGCAGCUUGCGCUGGAAGCUGCGUUGGCGGAGCACAGGCAGCGGUUGCAGGCCUGCCAGGACUGCAGCAACCAGACCCAGCCCUGCCCCCGGAUGCAAAGCAGCACGGUCUUGCCCAACACCCACGGGGACCAGCCGCGUCUAGGUUUGUGCGGCCACCAGGCACUCGCAGCCCCCAAUGUCACCACAGCCAAGGGCAAGAUUGUGGGUGGCAGCGUGGCACCCCGCGGGGCCUGGCCUUGGCUGGUGUCUGUGCGGCUGGACGGGGAGCUGAUGUGCGGGGGGGUGCUGGUGGCGGCCACCUGGGUCCUCACGGCCGCCCACUGCUUCACCGGGAACCGGAACGAGUUGGCCUGGACGGUGGUGGUGGGCGACUACAACCUGGGCAAGCAGGACGAGGGCGAGCAGGAGCUGCCCGUCAGCCGCAUCAUCACCCACCCCAAGUUCAACCCCAAGACCUUCCACGGGGACGUGGCCCUGCUGGAGCUGACGCGCCCGCCGGUGCCCACGCAGGGAGUGAGCCCUGUGUGCCUGCCUGACGGCCCCCUGGAGCCUGCCCCGGGCACGCCCUGCUACAUCACUGGCUGGGGCUCCCUCUACGAAGAGGGGCCAGCAGCCGAGGUGGUGAUGGAGGCACGGGUGCCCUUGCUGAGCCAGGACGCCUGCCGCGGUGCACUAGGCCGGGACUUGCUCACCAGUGCCAUGUUCUGCGCCGGGUACUUGUCAGGUGGCAUCGACUCCUGCCAGGGAGACUCCGGGGGCCCCUUGACGUGCCAGGACCCCAGGUCACGGCGUUUUGUGCUCUAUGGGAUCACAUCGUGGGGUGACGGCUGUGGGGAGCGGGGCAAGCCAGGUGUCUACACCCGCGUGGCCGCCUUCACUGACUGGAUCGCCCUCCAGAUGCAGCAGUCACCCGCCAGCCGUGAGCCCAGCUGCCCAGAGCUGCUGGCACUGCCCCAGCUGCCCACUGAGCGCCAAGCCCCUGAGCGCACCCGCCUCUGCUCCUUCUACGCCCGCAGCUGUGGCCCCCCCACGGCCCAGGAGGCCUGUGCCCGUGCAGCCCAGGAGGCCUGUCAGACCCAGCAGCAUCGAUGCGAGAUGCGCGCCUACGCCCAGAGACUGCUGGACUUCCUGCGCCGUGCCGAGGAGUUCUUCCAGGCCCGCCUGGACGUCUCCUUCUUCACCCAGGCCCUGCCACGGGCCCUGGAGCAGCUCUACACCCACCUCUUUCCUACCCAGGUGCACCAGGUGACUGCAGAGCAGGCCUCGGAUGCAGCUCGGGGAGGACAUGCUGGCCCCAUGAAGCAGGCAGCAGGAGGGAUUCAGAGCCCCACACGCAGGGCCGGGCAGCCCCAGCCCCCCAGCCCCAGGCCCCAGCCCCGGGGGCUCCAGCUAGAGGACCAGGUGCAGGAGCUCAGCACUGCGGAGCCAAAGCCAGAGUUGGAGCCACCACACGGGGAGGAGCAACUCUUCCUGCAGGGUGAGGAGCUGCAGCAGCGUGGCCGGAGCUCCCUUCAGCAGCUGUGGGCCAUGCUGGGCUCUCAGACCUCCCCCCUGGGCACUGCGGAGCCCAUCAGUGCCCCUGCCCCAAACCGAUCUGCAGUCCCGGGGGGCCGCCCCACACGGGAGAAGCGAGAGGUCUGGGGUGACGUCGCAGGGGACGAGGCAGCAGGCGACAGCCAAGGCUGCCUGGGGCUGGCCGAGGCGGCGCGGCGCAUCCAGGCCAUGCGGGAGCUGUACCGCUGGGUGCUGCAGGUGCCAGACAGGGACCUGGCCAUGACCUUCCAGGAGAUCCUGGUGGACCUGGGCUCCAAGAACGCCAAGGGGCUGUGCAGGGCGCAGGUCCGGGCCACGGUCGGUGGCAGGGCCACGGCCUUCCCUGGCCUCGUGGGGCUGGACAGUGACUCGCUGCACCGCAGCAUGCCGGGCCUGGUGGCCGCCGCGCUGGAGACCUUGAAAACCUAACAGGGACCCUGGGGCUGGGUGUUGCCCCCUGCCCCACUGGCUCCAGAGCAGGAUGAGGCCAGGCAGGGGGUGUCCCCUGGAGAUGGAGAACCCACCUAGCUGAGGCUGGGCCAGCCAGGACUGGACCCUCCAGCCAGGCACACUGCAGAGCCUGGCACCUUCCAGCCCGCCUACCCCAGCAGCAAGGCGAAGGUGUGGGGACGGCGCAGGGGUCCUGGGGAGAGAACAAGCAGCCGAGGCAAGCCGCUUGGGGCAAACACUGCCUUGGCCCCCGGCCCUGCAAGGGUGGAGCAGGCCUGAGUGGUGCACCCCGAACUGAGGAACUGCCUAGCACUGGCUCCUGGCUUAUCUGCAGCCUCCCUGUAGCUCUGGACCCAGGCUGCCCUGGCUGCCCCCUGCCCCAUCAUCAGAGGGAGCAGGUGACUCUGGGGCCCUCUUUGCUGGCUGACAGAGGACCCAUCCCCUCACUUCCCCUCAGGCUUUGGGUAACAGGCUCCCCCCUGCACUCCCUGCCUUGCAGGGCCAGGAGGCCAAGCACAGCAUGGACCCCAGCCCCCUGUGCCCGCACUGCCCUGGCACCAGGCCUGGGCAUGGGGACAGACCGCGCUCCCACUGUCUGCAAGCCCUGGGCUCCCCUCCUCAGGCUUGCCUCCCUGCCUGGCCUUGGCUACAGCCCUUCUGCUGCCCUGCCUCAGUUUCCCCAUCUGUAAAAGGGCCCCAGAUCUGCCUCCUAGGGGACAGGGCAGCUGGCUCCACCUCCACAUGCUGAGGGCAGGAGUGGGGCAGCUAGGACAGCUCAUCCCACUGCAGAGCCUCCCUCGGCCAACACAUAGGGCCUAUUUAUUUGUACAGAGAACAGUUUAUUUUUAAAUAAAUGGGUAUUUUAUGGUAA